AUGGGGGAGCAGGAGCGGUUGGAGCAGGAGAGGCAGGAGCUGCAGCAGUUGGACCAGCAGCAGCAGCAGCAGCAGCAGCAGCAGCAGCAGCAGCAGCAGCAGCAGCAGCAGCAGCAGCAGCAGCAGCAGCAGCAGCAGCAGCAGCAGCAGCAGCAGCAGCAGCAGCAGCAGCAGCAGCAGCAGCAGCAGCAGCAACAGCAGCAGCAGCAGCAGCAGCAACAGCAGCAGCAGCAGCAGCAGCAGCAGCAGCAGCAGCAGCAGCAGCAGCAGCAGCAGCAGCAGCAGUAG